GCUCAUUCACUAUCUAUAACUAGCUCGCUCUGCUGUUUGCUUCACUCUUUUGGAACCCUAACCCCAACCCUAUCCCCCAACCCGUAACCUUUCUUACGAUCCUUCAUCUCGCAGAUAAUGGGAGAAACAAAGGACGAAGGAUACGAGGAAGAGCUUCUUGACUACGAGGAGGAAGAAGACAAGGCCCCUGACUCUGUCGGAGCUAAAGUCAACGGCGAGGCUACAAAGAAGGGCUAUGUUGGAAUUCACAGUUCAGGAUUCAGAGACUUUCUUUUGAAGCCAGAGCUUCUUCGGGCUAUUGUGGACUCGGGAUUUGAGCAUCCUUCCGAAGGUAAUACUUGUAACACAAUCCUCUUUUGAAGAAUUAGCAUGAUUUGGUAACACCAUCAAAUCAAAUUAUGUCAGAAAAGGUUUAUUUUACUUACCUUCGGUUCCUUCGGCCGUGUUUUAUUUUCUUCAUCAUCAGUGCAACACGAGUGCAUACCUCAAGCGAUUCUCGGAAUGGAUGUAAUUUGCCAAGCAAAAUCUGGAAUGGGAAAGACUGCUGUCUUUGUUCUCUCAACGUUGCAGCAGAUUGAUCCUGUUCCUGGCCAAGUUUCUGCUCUUGUUCUAUGCCACACAAGAGAAUUGGCAUACCAGAUAUGCCACGAGUUUGAGAGGUUUAGUACCUAUUUACCAGAUCUAAAGGUUGCUGUCUUUUAUGGUGGGGUCAAUAUCAAAGUUCACAAGGAUCUGUUGAAAAAUGAAUGCCCUCAUAUUGUUGUUGGAACACCUGGUAGAAUACUAGCAUUGACUAGGGAAAAGGACCUUUCGUUAAAGAAUGUUAGGCAUUUCAUUUUAGAUGAAUGCGACAAGAUGCUGGAAUCACUAGAUAUGAGGAAAGAUGUUCAAGACAUUUUCAAGAUGACUCCCCAUGAUAAGCAAGUUAUGAUGUUUUCUGCAACACUCAGCAAGGAAAUUCGCCCAGUCUGCAAGAAAUUUAUGCAAGAUCCAAUGGAAAUUUAUGUUGAUGAUGAGGCCAAGCUGACCCUUCAUGGACUUGUGCAGCACUACAUCAAAUUGAAAGAGGAGGAGAAAAAUCGGAAACUGAAUGACCUUCUUGAUGCACUGGACUUCAAUCAAGUUGUUAUCUUUGUGAAAAGUGUUAGUAGAGCAGCUGAGCUGGACAAAUUGCUUGUGGAGUGCAACUUUCCAUCUAUAUGCAUUCACUCUGGCAUGUCCCAAGAAGAAAGGUUAAAGCGAUAUAAAGGUUUCAAGGAGGGGCAUACAAGGAUUCUUGUUGCAACAGAUUUGGUUGGAAGAGGGAUUGACAUUGAACGUGUCAACAUUGUAAUAAACUAUGACAUGCCCGAUUCUGCAGACACAUACUUGCACAGGGUUGGCCGAGCUGGAAGAUUUGGCACCAAAGGCCUUGCAAUCACAUUUGUUUCAUGUUCUACUGAUGUUGAUGUUCUCAAUAAUGUUCAGUCAAGGUUUGAGGUGGAUAUAAAACAGCUUCCUGAGCAGAUUGAUACCUCUACCUAUAGUAUGUGUUUUCUCAUCCAUUACUAUGAAAACACUAACUUAUUUUUAGUACCUUGAAAUAACGAUAUUUUUCUUGUCUCCCUUAAAAAUUUUAACUUUUGGGCGUUUGGAUUUUGAUACUCUCAACUAUUUUGCAUUGUUGAUGUCAACUUUCUUCUGACUAGAUCUCCUUUGCAUUUUCUGCAGUGCCAUCAUAGUAGAUCUGAUUUUGGGAUCAAUGCUUUAACUGCUUGAAUGGGAUUAGUAGUAGACUGGGUUAAUUUGAACGGUGCAGUUGAUGAUUAUCUAAUGUGAUACCAGAGCCUGUUUUACAGACUAGGACAUUUUACCAUGAUUUACCGGUAGGUAUUGCAGUGUGAUGGCUUAUGUAUUUAUGCGGUUUCAAUUACCGUAUUUUUUUGUGGCAGCUACGCUGUUUUUAUGAACUCCCAUGUUUUGAGUUAGUUUUACUGCGACGUUGAAACUGUGCUUUAAUUAGAUAUAUUUUAGUUUUAUUUUUAAGUAUAAAAUCUAAGGUUAAUAGGAUGGUCGCCUUGGUUGUCAUCUACUCCGAUGCUUAUUUCGUCGCAUUGAAUUAUUUUAAUAUUCAGGGUGGGUCUUGAUAGUUAAUACGGAGGGUAUGGGUAUUUAACUUUUACCGUAGUUUAUUUUAACUAUUUAAUUACUAAUAUCUUUUUUGUC